AUGGCCCAGGGGGAUGCGCCUGGCACAGGGGGAGCCUACACUUACCUCGUGGGGUUCACGGAGGGCAGGUCAGGACCAGGACGCUUCCAGAAGGAGGCAGCCCUGAAGCUGGACCUAGGAGGGACGGAGUCGGGGGGACACAGCUGGGCCCAGGGGAGCAGCGGGCUUGGAAACGCUGAGGAGGAUCCUGUGGCCAUGCUGCCUGCCUGCCCGCCCGCGGCCUCUGGCUCGUGCUGCCCCCCGGGCCCUCCUGCCUCCUACCCUGGAAGGACAGGCACCCACUCCCUGCAGGGGCCCCUGCAGCCUGACAGUGGCUCCCAGGCCCUGCUUCCCAGUGGUGACCUCAGGCUGGGGCGUCUGUCUGUCUGGGGGGAGCCCAACGUGAUCUGCACCCCAGCGACGCUGAAGCAGGAGGCCCUCUGGAGUGUGGGCAAGAUGCCAGCCGAUAGAGUGGCGGCCGGACGGUUCACAGAGAAGAGACAUACCACUUCCUCUGGCUCGGGAGGGCGAGGCCGGCACCUGCUGCCCCAGGCGGCGGCCGCCUUCCCAUUUACGGUGGCCGUGGUCCUGGCCUUCACCCGACUCCUCCGUGGGACCCCAAUGGCCCAAGGGGAACCGAGGGGAACCAUAGGUCACCCCUCGGGCGCCUGGGGAAAAGCUGGCAGCGUUCCGCCCUCCUGGGGGUUCUGGCGCCUUGCCCGGGGGAUGCCUGAGGCCAACGCCUUCCCAGAAGACCUGCGUUUAAGCCCCGUGCGGGCCCCUGGGUGCAGACCUCAGAUCUCCUUCCCUUGUAAACAUCCUGCACCCCAGAAUUGUGUCGGCCUCUACGGUCUGAGAAGAGGCGAUACCGUGGGGUUCGGAGCCGGGUCGCCCACUGGCCCUGGGGGCGCCAGGACGGCGGCCCUGGCACCGGCGUGGUCUUGUCCUGUCUGGGCGCUGUUUGACCGGGGUGGAUCGGGGAGGGGCCGAGGGGGCAGUGGAUUUGAGAUGCAGGAACAGGAGCAGCUCCAGGGGAUGGGCCAGGGGUGA